AUGGGUGUCCGCAUAGACAAGGGCCGCUCAUCGGCAACUAGUCUGCUUCUUCCGAAGGCGACUGCUCAGGAUGACCUCGUGAUGGGUACCAACAAUAGCAGCAUCGUCUCAAAACGAAGUGUCGAGCGUCUCUACUAUCCAGACGAGCCACACUUUUUCCGCUUCUUCGUCAAGAAAUUCCAGCGCAGAGCCCCGCUCAUCAACAGGGGCUACCAUCUGAGGCUUCACGUCAUUGACGUGACCUUGCGUAACUUUCUCAAACAGCCUUCUGAAAAGACAAAGGUCAUUGUGAAUCUAGGGUGUGGGAGUGAUGUUGUUCCGUGGCAGUGCUGGACUCGCUAUCCGGAGCACUGCAGUCAAUCUCAGGCCGUCUUUGUCGAUGUAGACUUUCCCGACCUGGCCCUGAGGAAGCGUCAGGUCAUCCUUGCGACCCCGGAGCUUGAGUCACGGCUGUCAGGGGUUCAGGCUGAGCAAGAUGAGGCUCACCCAAACAUGUUGCUGCGGAGUGACCGGUAUCACCUUGUAGGCUGCGACCUCCGCCAAAGCAUGGCGCUGCAGCAAGUCUUGAACCUGAUCGUCGACCCCAAGGAGUGCAUCUUCCUUUUCCUUGCUGAGGUCUCCAUCACCUAUAUGGAAACAGACUCUGCCGACUCUCUGAUACAGUGGGCGAGCAGCCUCGGUCAAGCUGAAUUCUGCCUCCUUGAGCAGAUCUUUCCCGAUGGGCCUGGCCAUCCUUUUGCUCGUACAAUGAUGGAUCAUUUCAACAAACUCUCAACGCCCAUAAAAGGCUGGUCAAGCGUCCGGGCUCAAUCUUUAUGGUCGGCUUGGAAUGAUAAUUAUUUCCUGUCUAUGGACGACCGGCAGAAGCUCGAUGAAAUUGAGCCGUUUGACGAGUGGGAAGAGUUUUGCCUUUUCGCCAGCCACUAUCUCAUUUUGCACGCCGCAAAUUACGGCAAAAAGGGCACGAGCUCCUGUCUACCCGACACCUCUUCUGACAUUCCGAGUGCCGAAUCUUCUACCACCUACAAGCCGCUCACCGGCCAGCAAGGCCUUCGUCGAUUUGGCGCAGCCAUGCUGGCGAGCGAUGCUUUUGGAAGAGCAUCCAUCUUGAACUUCAUGGGGCUUGGCCAUACCACCCGUGUUCCCUCGUAUGACAUCUACAAGCUUCAUGGCUCCGGCGGCGACAUCAAAGUGAAUCCCGAAGGGCCUCCCAGUCGUAUGUGCCACUCACUAACGAAUCUUGGUAUACACGGCACUCUUCUUGUUGGAGGGCGCAACUCCCCUUCUCGGGCCAAGAAUGAUUGCUGGCUGUUCAAGAAGGAUUCGCAUCAUUGGGAGCGCAUUCAAGACCUGCCAAUCCCACUCUAUCGUCAUGCUGUAUGCAGCCUCUCGGGCUCUUCCGUUGUCCUGCUGAUUGGAGGGAAGUCAGAGGCGACAGGUGUCUCCAGUGCGGUCAUGGUAUUUAACCCGGAUAAGGGUUGGCAGGAGUGCGAAGUUCAUGGCUCACUUAUCCCCACAUCGGUCUUCGGCGCCAUGCUCACCUGCUCUGGACGUGAGCAAGAGAACAUCCUGAUAUUCCAUGGCUUUCUCAUUGGCGGGAUUUCGGAUGGUAUCAUCCAAAAUCAGAUCUUGGCCUGGGAUCUACUUCUCCAUGAUCACAAGGCCCCAUCAAUCACCUUCACGCUGGCUGAGACAGACGAUACCUCGUCCGCACUCCUAGCUCGCUUCGGUGCCACUUGCAUCCAACAAGAGGACUCUUUGAUUGUUUUGGGUGGCGUUGGCCAUAUGGGGGUAAUCCCUCAGAGGCAGGAAAUACUAAUGUGCACUACGACAGGCUCGAAGAUACAUGUUUCGACGGCUGUUCCCUUAUCAGAUGCUGAAAACGGCCAGGUGAUCCCGAGGCCGCUAAUCGUGGGAUCAUCUGUCGUGUGCCCCCGGAAUGGGCAGAUCGUUAUCCUUGGCGGUGGUGCGACGUGUUUCUCGAUGGGAUCGUUCUGCUGGGAAUUCUCGGGCUAUGGCGAAUUUGCAUCGCCGCCAUCAAACCCACCAGGUAGUGAAUUGGACAAGCCAGCUGAAGUCAGGCCCAUCCCACGUGUCAACGCCGCCUCAAGGGAAUCUUUUGAGGACAUUGUUCGCCAAGGGACACCUGUCGUGAUAGAAGGAUUGGACCUUGGCGCUUGCCGUAGCAAGUGGACACUAGACUAUCUUGCGAAACAGGUGGGAUCGCGCAAGGUUGUGGUACACGAGUGCGACGUUCAAACCAUGGACUUUAAGGCAAAAAACUUCCGCUAUACCUCGAUGACGUUUGGUGAAUUUGCCAGAGGGAUUCAAAACGGCGCACGCCUCUACUUGAGAGCUUUAUCAGCCGACGCCCCUUCCGACAGACCCGCAAACCUGGCCCACGACUUCCCUUCGCUGGCUGCUGAUUUUAGGCUUCCCGAGGCACUGAGCAUGUGCUCAGAUAAUUUGCACAGUUCAAUAUUACGGGUCUCAGGCCAGCUGGAUAUGUGGCUACAUUAUGAUGUCCAGGCAAAUGUCUACUGCCAAAUCAGCGGCUCGAAGAGGAUGCUUCUCUUCCCGCCCUCAGACGUAGUUGGCAUGUCCUUUGCGCCAGGUUCUUCAAGUUCCAGCGUCGAUGUGUUUAGCUGCCUCAACUCCCCGACUCUUCGCGGCACUCAUCCGUGGGAGGCAAACCUUAACGAGGGCGAUGUCCUGUUUCUGCCGCCACUCUGGCUGCAUACAGCCACACCUACUAGCAACGUCAGCAUCGCGGUGAAUGUCUUCUUUCGCAAUCUCGACCGUGGCUACUCCAUUGGGCGAGACGUGUAUGGAAACAGAGACCUCGCGGCUUACGAGAAGGGUCGCCAGGAGAUUGCUCGCAUUUCGAAGUCGUUCGAUACUGUUCCCGUGGAUGCCAGGCAGUUUUACAUGCUCAGACUUGCCGAAGAGCUCGCUGAAGCGGCCCGAAGUGACAAGUAG